AGGGCUGCUACACAAACACAAGCGAAUUGAAGAUCAUGAAGUGGAAGAGAUUGCUGAAGAGAGAAUUCGGGAAUUGCCUGAUCAAUGGCCGGAGUCGUGGCACUUCGAUUAGGAGCAAUGUAUUGGAAACAAUCGCACAAGGCGGAGGUGUUGUUUCUCAUGUUAAGGAGGACGGAACUGUAAGAAUGAAGAUUACGGUGAGGAAGGAAGAUUUGAAGCAAAUGCUGGGGAUGAUUAACUGUGAGAAGAAUACAAUCAGUACUCACCUAUCACCUUCCUCGCCGUUCUCCCCCGUGGAAGAACGCUUGAAUCUUUUGCGACGGAGACAUCUGUUAAGAGAAAAUGCCAUGAGGAAGAGCUGCCAGUGUUCAUGGAGUCCUCAGCUCCAGAGCAUUCCGGAGGAUGAAUGAGGAUUAACGAACUUACAACAAAACAUAAUCCAUGGAAUCAAAUCUCACCUUUGGUUUUCUUUCCUUUCUUUUUUUUUUUUCGUUCAUUUUUUUGGCCGUAGUUUCCUUUUCAAUCGUUGGAUAUGAAUGUUGACGCGUUUUUUCUUUUUUUUGGCACAGUGGAGGCCAGCCCUUCCUCUUCCAACUCAGCUCACCCAUGUUAUAGAAUUCCAACAUAAUAUUUCUAUUAAAUUAUUUAAAUUGUU